AUAAAUGAUGGUUCCCGUAAUUCAUUGCAAGAGGCUGGUUGAUUAAGAGCUGUUACUUCAUCCUGGAAUGCAUUAGCGCUUGCUUUCAGGAGACAACAUCAUGCUUAGCGCUAUGAAGAUCCCGUUAAAUUUACCGUCACUCUUAUUCAUCGUCCUUUUCCUUCACACUGCUGAAUUAAAUGCAGAAAAGAAUUUUUACAGAGCAGCUGUCUUGGAGCUGUCACAAUUCACAAAUAUUUCGUAUCCAGCAUCCAAAAUUCUCGAAAUCAAUCUGAAUGUUUAUGAAAUAGCAGCGAGAACAGCAGCAAAGCAUAGAGCAGAUAUUCUUGUAUUUCCCGAGAGUGGAUUACUGCCAUUUGAGAAACCCGACCGAGAUUGGUUGUUAGAUUUUAUAGAAGACAUCCCUGAUCCGAAAGAAGUUGUCGCUAACCCUUGCACACAAAGAGACGAGUUUCAAGAUCGACCUAUUUUACAAAAAUUGAGCUGUUUAGCACAGUUUAACAACAUUUAUAUAGUGGCCAAUACGGCAGAUUUUAAGAAAUGCGAUGUAAAUACAAGAUGUGAUAAAGAUAAAACUAAUUCUAUCACCGAUAACUGUACUUCAUGUCCAGAGGAUGGCCACUUUUUCUACAACACAAACAUAGUUUUUAGCAGAGAUGGAACGUUGAUAUCAAAAUAUUACAAAAGGCAUCUUUACUUCGAGCCAGAAAUGAAUACUCCUGAUCAUCCGGAAAAUGCAUAUUUUGACACGGAAUUCGGAAAAUUUACUACCAUUAUCUGCUUCGAUUUGAUGUUCAAAGAAGCUGUAGGAGCCCUUGAUAAACCAGAUAUUCUCAAUGUUGCGUAUCCGACAUAUUGGUUUGACCAUACCCCCAUGAUAUUCUUUGCUCCACCCUACCAGCAAGCUUGGGCGAUGACUAACAAGGUAAAUCUUCUAGCAGCCAACGGCCAUCAUCCUCCAACAGGAUCUUUAGGUAGUGGCAUAUACUCGUCCGAUAAAGGUGCUUUGAUAUAUACACAUAAUCCAGAUGGUUAUAAUAAACUUCUCAUUUCAAAUGUCCCCAUUUCUCCAAAUGAUGAGACAGUUGCCACCAACAACUUAGAAGCUAUAAGAUUCUUUAUAGGAAAUGGUACGGCCAUUUUACAACAUGGUGAAGAAAAACGUAAUUUUAAAAAAGACUGCGAUGCUCUUAUCAUUGGGAAAGCUGAUCCGGAAUCUGGAGAAUACCGUUGCAGUCCUACUGAUGUUGAUCAAUAUAAAUUCAAAAAACUGCAUGGAAAGGAAGGGUCUUUGACAGUUUGUUCUAAUAGAUUUUGCUGCACACUUUCCUACCAAGCUCAUUCCAUGGAUGAAGACUUUUACUUCGGAGUAUCUGGACAUCCCCUCAAUUUUUACGGCGAAUUUUCAUUUGGAACCGAGUCUUGCAUUCUGGCUCGUUGUGAAUCAGUUAAAGGCAAGCCAUGCAGAAAUUACCUUUUGAAAUCUAGUACUAUUUUUCGAUCAGUUGAAAUAACAGGCAAUUUUUCAACCAAAUACAUUCUCCCUUUCGCAGUGGAUAGUGAUGUCCGUCUCACCGAUAAGGAUAAGUGGCAUUUCGAUCACAAAUCUCAAAUAAUAUACCAUAAUUCGUACACAAAAUCUCCCCUGCUAUUUUUUGGCAUGUAUGGAAGGAUUUUUGACCAAGAUAAAGAUUUAUAUAAUCAACCUGACAGUGCGAGACGAAUUUCAUCGACCGAAACCUGGUUAAUUUCUGUACUUUUGUUGGGUGUUAUGUUAACCUUUUCAAGGCACAUGAAUAUUUAAAACAGUCGUCAUUAUGUUUAAAUAAGGUUACAAUUUCAGCAUUAAGAAAGAAAAUGAUUCGUAUUCAGUAAAUAUGAAACAAAAGGUCUCUAUACAUCACGAGACGUUUUGAAAAAUUUUCCAGCAGACAAACAAUUGCACAUCAGGUCUUUUGAUACGAAUAUGAACUAUUUACCCAAAUCUUCUCAUCAAAUAAAAAUAGAACAUGACAAGACCAUUUUGGAGAACCCAUAAUUUGCAUUAUUUUCCUAUAUAUCCCAUUUUGAAUAGAUUCACAAUUUUUUGCCACCAUGGGCACAAAUUAUCUGGAGAAAGUUGUCCUGUUUUAAAAACAUUUCGUUUAAUUGUUGUUUUCUGGCUUCAGCUUUAUCUUGCAUUUUCAAAGCCAUUUUUUUAAAACUAUAAUCAAAACCAGAGGUAGCAUCAGAAAUGUUCCAGCAGAGGCUAAACACUUCAACAGAGGAAAAUGCAAAAUUUGUGUCCAAUUUACUUUUAAAAUAACAUACACUAAUUAAUUCCCCAUCUAAAUCAAAAUAAUUAAUAAAAAUUUAAUUAUAAUAAAUAAUUAUUUUCAAUAAUUUACUAUUUUUAAAAAUAAAAUAAAAUUUGUACAGUCGAAAAACGAAGAAUAAUAGAAAAUGAUGAAGGAGUAACAAUUUUAAAUGAAAUGUAUUGGACUCGUAUAGUAUAGGAAACAGAUCUCCACCUUAUUAUUUAACUUUUAUAACAAAAAAUAGCCAUUACUAGUGAAAAUAAUUAUUAAUUUCUUACUAAACAGUUAAUGAUCGAUAUUAUUUGAAGAAUUAAGUAAAUGGAUUCUAUAUAAAAUGAAACCAAUUUGGUUUGUUCAACAAAAUAUAAAUUAUCGUUAUUGCUUUUAUUUUUGGAGAAAUAAAUAAAUAUUCAUUUAGCAUAAAAUUAUAAUUUCUCACUAAAAAUGUAUUUUAUUAAAAAAAAUUUUAAGAAAAAGUUUCUAAAGUAGAUAUUUUUUUGAAUAAAAUGUUUUUGUUUUUUAAUUCCUCAAACUAAAUCAGCUAUAGUUCUUUUAAAAAUGAGAACUAUAGCAAAUAACAUGAAGAAGUAUUCAUAUGCUGUAUAAUUCAUGCCAAACUCUAAAAAACUCUUAUUCCAGCUGUUUAAAAAACUCUUUCCAUAAGUUUCACUUAUGUAAAUGAAGAAAAUGCUAAAUUCAAAAACUAAAUUUACAGAACUCAAAUUAAAUUAUAAAAUAAAAAUAUUGAAUUUCAAAAUAUAAAUGUUGAAGAAACUUAACAUUCAGCCUUAAUACUAUAUUUCUAUGUUAUUAAUUUUCCUCAGUUUUCACUUUAGCAUUUUCAUAUUAAAAUGAAGCAGUUAUUUAUUCCAGCUAACAAACUGAUCACUAGAUAAUAAUAGAUCAAAUACCAAAAGUAUACAAAUUUUAUCUCUUAAAUCUAAGUUACUAGAAAAUAAUUUGGCUCACCACCAAUAAAAAGCAAUUAUUUUAAUUCACUUGGAAUUAAAGCUUUUGUAGUGAUGAAUUAUUAUCUAUUAAUCAUUUUAUAGUAUUAAGAAAAAAUAUGUUGUUAUUGAAGUAUUAUUUUUUUACAACUGAAAUGUCAAUU